AUUCGAUGUCACUUGAUCAGUCAGUUUUGUAAAUGUGUGUGUUGUUUUAGCAUAUAAUUUUCAAUUUUAUCAAGAUGCCUAAGUAUUAUUGUGAUUAUUGUGACACAUAUUUAACGCACGAUUCACCUAGUGUCAGAAAAACACAUUGCACGGGCAGAAAGCACAAGGACAAUGUGAAAUUUUAUUAUCAAAAAUGGAUGGAAGAACAAGCUCAGCAUCUUAUUGACGCUACAACAGCGGCAUUCAAAGCUGGUAAGAUAGCGCAGAAUCCAUUCAACAAAGGAGCUGCUAUUCCACCUCCAUGGGAUCCCAGUGUAAUGGGUCCAGGUGGCCCUAGACCACCAGUGCCAGCACCCGGAGGUCCACCAGGGAUGCUACCACCUCCAUCGAUGGGUCCUGGAGGUCCCAUGGCGCCACCGAUGAUGAUGGGACCGCACGGGCCAAUGCCACCUAUGAUGGGAAUGAGGCCGCCUAUGAUGGGGCCAAUUAUGGGACCAAUGGGUCCUAUGGGACCUAUGGGUCAAAUGCGACCGCCUUUAAUGAAUGGACCACCUAUGAAUAAAUAGUGUCAGUUUAUAAUAUUUGAAAAAGACUGGGAAUAAACCAAUAGAGGCCACAGUGUCACAACACAUCAGUGUUUUACCAAUAAGUUUGAGGUUAUAGAAUAACAGUUUAUUCAUCAGAAAAUACACUUGAGUAUAUUGAACCGAUAUAUUUAUUAGUAUAAUUAUACUUUUAUCUGUAAUUUGUCAUUUACAUUUGCUAAAUAAGUUAUGUUUGUUAUGUU